GUAGAUCGCGUUGGUUGUCGCAUCGCAUCGCAACUUUCUCCAACUUCAAAUUCACCACUUCUCCAUGAAAACAAUAUAUUCUCUCUAAGCCUUCAGUUUUGAUUUUUUUUCUGGCUUUACACACACAUUCUGCGAGCCGCCAAAAUGGUCCAACCAACGAGGCGCGAUCAAUCCUACCAUAAAUCCCUGGGCACCCCUACAAACGCCCUGGUGAAGGAGGUAAGCUUCAGAUCCCCCCAACGGAAAAAUUGCGCUGCUUUGCGCAGUUCAUGGAGGAAUAUCUCUCGAAUUGAAGAGCUGGGACUAGCGGUUGGGAUAUGGUCACUUUUGCCUCUGGCAUCCUUUCAUUGCGCAUUCUGAGGACUGGAGGAUGCUUAGUGAUGCAGACGAGUUGUGGAUUGCGCGCGUGCCUUCACAGAAAACAUCAAUGGCUAAUAUAUACUUCAUAGGCUCGAAUCUUGAUGGUAGGAGCUGGAGGAAUUGGCUGCGAACUUCUCAAGAAUCUGGUUCUUACGGGAUUUGGAGACAUCCAUAUUGUUGACCUGGACACCAUUGAUCUCAGCAACCUCAAUCGACAAUUCCUCUUUCGCCAUGAGCAUAUAAAGAAAUCGAAGGCUUUGGUUGGUCACCUAUCGUCAUCUGCGAUCAUACGGAGCUAACACAUAUGGUAAACAGGUUGCGAAAGAGGCGGCGCAUGCGUUCAAUCCAGAUGUAAAAAUCGAGGCUCACCAUGCCAACAUCAAGGACCCCCAAUUCAAUGUUGCCUGGUUCAAAGGGUUCACUAUGGUUUUCAAUGCUCUGGAUAACUUGGAGGCGAGAAGGCAUGUAAACAGAAUGUGCCUGGCAGCGGACAUUCCUUUAAUUGAGAGUGGCACUACUGGUUUCAAUGGUCAAGUUCAGGUCAUCAAGAAGGGUGUUACGGCAUGUUAUGAUUGCACAGCAAAAGAAACUCCAAAGAGUUUUCCCGUAUGCACAAUUCGAAGUACACCAAGUCAGCCAAUUCAUUGCAUUGUAUGGGGAAAGAGUUACCUAUUGACGUUGGUUUUGCUCCCUUGACCCAGCUUUUCAAAUCUAACAUUUUGUAGUGAAAUUUUCGGUGCUAGUGAGGAAGAAUUAGCACAGAUUGAUAAUUCGGAAGACUCGGAAAAUGGUACGGCCAUACCUCAAACGCACUACAUAUUACGACUCUGCUAAAAGUUCACAGCCAAGGAGAUCGAGAAGUUACGUCAGGAAGCUGAGGCUUUGAAAAAUAUUAGAGAAUCUAUGGGUACAUCAGCUUUUCCACAACUUUUAUUCGAUAAAGUAUAUCAAGAUGAUAUCAAUCGCUUGCGCUCAAUGGAAGAAAUGUGGAAGACCCGACGACCACCUCAGCCGUUAAGCUAUGCAGGUAUUAUCGAGCAAAAGACGGGUAGCCAGCGAACAACUGAAGAAAUAUUGAAGGAUGGUCAAAGAGUCUGGACACUUGAGGAGAAUAUGGUUGUUUUCAAAGACAGGUCAGUUUCUUAUCUUAUAUUCCAACCCUAAACGCGGAUACUAACCUUGACAAGUCUGGACCGAUUGAGUAAGAGAAUGGAAUCCAUGAAAGCUGCCGCGAAUGGUGAUUCGGCUCAGCCAGUCAUCACAUUCGAUAAAGAUGAUGAAGAUACCCUGGAUUUCGUUACAGCAAGCGCAAAUUUGCGAUCAAUAGUCUUUGGCAUUGAAUGUAAGUCUCGAUUUGACAUCAAGCAGAUGGCGGGAAAUAUCAUUCCGGCCAUUGCAACCACCAAUGCUAUAGUUGCUGGUCUGUGUGUCUUGCAAUCGUUUAAGGUUCUUCGAGGCGAUUAUUCCGUCGUUAAGGAGGUAAGUUACAUCUCAAUUACCGCUACGCGCAAAGCCCAAGUUCUAACAAUCCUCCUCAAAGACAUAUCUCUCACCAUUCGCUUCCCAACGACUGCUUGCCUCAGAUGUUAGCCGACCUCCAAAUCCCGACUGCCCAGUAUGCAGUGUUGCGUAUACGUCACUUCUUGUUGAUACAACUCGGGCCACUUUAGGAAAUCUGGUUGAGGACUUCUUACGACUGGAGUUGGGUUACGGUGAAGAGAUUGUUGUUAACAAGGGAUCCGAUUUACUUUACGAUGUCGAAGAAACCGAAAACUUGACCAAGACAUUUGGUGAACUCGGUAUGUGCUAAAUUUCAAUUCUUGUAAAAUCUACUAAUUCUAGUUUAUAGGCAUCGGGGGUGAUACCUUCUUGACAAUCAUUGAUGAAGAUGACGACAAUCCACGGGUCAAUCUGGAGCUCAUUGUGCAGGAAUCGUAGGUCCAUUAACAUAGUGAUAUAUUCGCCUAUUUCUCUAACACCCGUACAGAACCACAGUAGAUGGCAAGCCCAUCCAAGCAGUAAAUUUCCCACCACCAGUUUCUGCGCCCACCGACGGUUCAGAAUCACAAGAGCCUCAAUCGCCAAUCCCCAGGAAGAAGCCUUCAAGUUCAAGUAAUAGAAAUGGUGUUCACGCUGCGGAGCCUUCUGUCACAAACGGCAAUGGCAACGUAUCUGAACCAAGUGGCUCCUCCCCAAUCAAGAAGCGAACCAUCUCACAAGUCGAAGAGGCCGAGCAUCAAGCUAAGCGAUCAAAGCUUCAGACUGCUGUACCAGACGAUGACGAUAUCAUAAUCGUGGAAGAUACAGAUGGUGCUAUCGUCAUCGACGAUGACUGAUACACCAAUGUCCAUCCAAACCGCCCACAUACCUUAAAAUUACACCUCAGAAAUACCCGGCGUCUAUGGGUGUGGGUUGAAAUGGAUAUGAAUCCCGAAAAAUUCAUUGUAAUAUAUUUUCUUUUCCUCUUCCUUCCUUGUUUUUGCGACAUAUGAGUGAUCACAUGGCACUCAAUCCACCAUCCAGAUUGAGAACACAAUUGUUUGCAUAUGCGUUGGUGGCUAAGAAGAGGGCGGCGUCUGCUAUCUCCGAGGGGGU